AUGGUUGUUGAAUUCAUUAUUUUUCAGUCCUGUGGCCUUGACCAAAUAGGCAAAGACCUGCCUCCUCCCAAGCCAGAGCCCUCUAUUGACUAUGGUGAAGCUCCGGACAUCCUGUCAGGUGACUUCAUGUCUCCCUCUGUGGCUCCAGCGGUCCUCUGCCCCAAUGCUGCUCCCACACAGGCCUCAGAUGACUUUGCCUUGGAUGCCCUGGCAGGGGACUUUGUAGCCCCAGCUGUUGCUCCUGCAGUCAAAUCUGCUGUUGACCGCCAGGUACUGAGACACACUUCAUGUGAUAUCAUUGUUGUUUUAUGCUUCAUUCACGUCCAAGAUAUCGGUGUCAGUCAGAUUCCCAUUGUAACUUGCCAGCAUAUGCGUGAGAAAAAGAUUAUGGAAGAGAAGCUUACCAAGGUGGGGGAGAGGGAUGACAGCCUUCCAGCUGAGUUCCGGCACACAGAGGAAGACCAAAAGGCAAAUGCAGAGGCCAAAGUCCAGGCUGAUGUUAGACCCAAGCAGCCGUCGAUGGAUGACAGCGAGGCCCUUGACCUCUUGUCUAGAGACUUGUCUUCCUCAACUGGUCCAGCUGCAGCCUCAGUAGCUGUGACAACAGAGCAGAGACAGCCCCGACUGGAGGUACUUACCUACUGCACACUAACAACCUAA